UCUUUGGAGCCAGUUAUCAAAAUCAUCUUAAUAUGACAAGGUUUCUAUUGUGCUGCUGCUUCAUAGCUUUAGCAAGCUUUGCCCAAGCUGAAAACAACAAAACGUUCCCAGAUGGGUUCAUGUUUGGAGUAGCCACAGCCGCCUAUCAAGUGGAAGGGGCUUGGAACGAAGAUGGAAAAGGAGAAAAUAUAUGGGAUCGCAUGGUACACACUGACCCUUCGAGCAUAACCAACAAUGAUACCGCUGACGUUGCCUGCGAUUCCUAUCACAAAUACAAGGAAGACGUUGAACUUAUCGCAGGACUUAACCUGACCCAUUAUCGGUUUUCUGUUUCUUGGUCUAGAGUUUUGCCAACUGGUUUUGCCAACGAGAUCAAUGCAAAAGGAUUACUCUACUAUCAAAACUUGGUGAAGGAACUUAAAGCUAGGAAUAUUGAACCCGUAGUGACCCUCUACCAUUGGGAUCUUCCUCAACCGCUACAAGAAAUUGGUGGUUGGACCAACCCAAACAUGGUAACAUAUUUUAAGGAAUAUGCUCGAGUCAUGAUUGAAAAUUUGGUCGGAGUUCAGUAUUGGGCUACUUUCAACGAGCCAAAACAAGUUUGUAGAGCCGGUUAUGGCGUGGGAUCCUUGGCCCCAAGAAUAUCCAGUAACGGUAUCGCCGAUUACAUAUGUCCGUACAUCAUAGUGAAGUCGCAUGCUGAAGUGUAUCAUAUGUACAAAAAUGAUUUUCCAGAUCUAAAAGGCAAAAUGUCAAUCGUCUUUGAUGGUCAAUGGGCUGAACCAGCUAGCAAUAGUACAGCCGAUACAGAAGCUGCAGAAAGAAAAAUGCAUUUUGAGUUUGGUCUUUACGCCAAUCCAAUCUUCCUCGGAGACUGGCCGCAAGUGGUGAAAGAUCGUGUCAGUUUCAGAAGCGAAAAAGAAAACUUUACCAGAUCCCGUCUCCCCGAAUUCACUGAAGACGAAAUAAGUACUAUAAACGGUACUUUCGAUUAUCUGGGCUUCAACCACUAUUACACUCGCCUUGCAUCUGACGUAGAAGAAGAGGAUUUUGAUGAUAUCGGUUAUGACAGGGAUGUUAGAGUACUUUCGACAGAGGAUCCUUCUUGGGAAAAGAGUCCAAACGGCAAUCCAAUUGUUCCAUGGGGAAUUAGGAAAACUCUGAAAUGGAUAAAAGAUACAUAUGGUAAUCCCGAAAUAUUUAUUACCGAAAAUGGUGUAAUAGAUGAUGGGUCGACAUUAGAAGAUGAUAUAAGAAUUGAUUUUUAUAAGGGUUAUCUAAGUUCGGUGUUAGAUGCGAUAUAUGAAGAUGAGGUGAAGGUAACUGGAUUUACUGCAUGGAGUUUAAUGGACAAUUUUGAAUGGACGGGAGGAUAUGGAUACCAUUUUGGCCUUUACCAAGUAAAUUUCACCGACCCUGAAAGGCCCAGAACACCCAAGAAAUCGGCUGAUUUCUAUGGUACUUUGGCAAGAACUUUAAAAAUACCUACCAGUUGGGCUAACAAAAUAUCAGCGUGUUGGAUAUACCUCCUGGGAACUUUAGUGGUAUUCCAGUUCUUAUAACUUACUUUAUAAUUGAGCAAGGAACAAAAACACACCACCUUAACUUGAACAAAUAUUGCAUAUUAUAUUAUAUAUCUAAUAUUUAUUAUUUUCAGUAUAAGUUGCGUAAAAUAAUACCUUUGUGAACAUUUGUAAUUAAUUAUAGAUAUAGUGUAACUCAUAAAGAACCAGCGCACACUUCUAAAUUCUUUUAAGGAUGCACAAUUCGAAUGAGUUUCUUUAUAGCAGCUUUUUAGAUGUAGUUGUUGAACUAAUUACGAUGAACCAGUUGGUAGUCCAUAGCUUACUGCGAAUUUGUUUAGAAGCGGUUAUUGCGCAAAACGGCUUCAGAUAUGUUUUCUUAUAAACAUGGCUACCUAGCUUAAAUUCAUUUAAAACCCCAAUAUCUCAAAUUUCAUAAAUUUAUAAUUUACUUAGGUAUUAUUCAGAACAAUUGUUUAUGCACUUUUAAUUUUUUGAAUUUAAAAAUUUAAAAGACUGGAGUUUUCUAAAAACGAACAAUUUGCUGAACUGGCAAAUAACAGAAUCUGCUGAUCAAUUUAAAACUGCGAUUUCUUUCUCUUUCAUCUCCAAGUCUUCCUAAGCUUCCUGGAUUUUUAAAUUGAAACGGAAAUUUCAUAAAUUUAAAAUUUAAGGUCUACAUAAAAAAAUAUUUAGUAUUAUAAAUGAACGAAGUUUAAAAUGGUUUAAAGUGAUGCUUGAUCUUUAAAUUUUUCAAAAAUCAUUGUGUAAGGUUCAACAAGAACAUUUAGAAUCCCAUGAAUGUAUAUCGAAAAAAAUUCAGUCAAAUUGCGGAUCCCAAAUAAUUUUAAAGGAGUAUUCUGGUUCUUAAUGGACCACACUGUAUGGUAUAAUGAAUACAUAGUGAUAUAAAAUAAUA